AUGUUGGAUGUUGCACGUUUUCUGUGUAGUCCGGAUGCCAAGCGGCUGUACGAUGACCUCAUAUCCCGAUACAACAAGCUUGUCCGCCCCGUCGUCAACGACACGGACGCACUGACAGUGCGAAUCAAGCUCAAGCUCUCUCAGCUCAUAGAAGUGAAUCUCAAGAACCAAAUUAUGACGACCAACCUCUGGGUUGAACAAUACUGGGACGACUACAAGUUGAGCUGGGACCCUCGCGACUACGGCGGCGUGGACAUGUUGCACGUGCCUUCGGACCACAUCUGGAGGCCAGACAUUGUGCUCUAUAACAAUGCUGACGGCAACUUCGAGGUGACGCUGUCCACAAAGGCUCAGCUCAACUACACGGGCCGGAUCCAGUGGAAGCCACCAGCCAUCUACAAAAGCUCGUGUGAGAUCGACGUAGAGUUCUUCCCAUUCGACGAGCAGACGUGCCUGAUGAAGUUCGGAUCUUGGACUUACGACGGAUUCAAGGUGGACCUCCGACACGUGGACGAGGUGCAAAAUCAGAGCUUGGUGGAAAUCGGUGUGGACCUGACGGAGUUCUACCUCAGCGUCGAGUGGGACAUUCUCGAGGUGCCCGCGGUACGGCACGAGAAGUACUACACGUGCUGCGAGCACCCUUACAUCGACAUCACGUUCAAUAUAAGCAUGCGCCGCAAGACGCUCUUCUACACGGUUAACCUCAUCGUACCCUGCAUGGGCAUCUCGUUCCUCACCGUGCUGGUCUUCUACCUGCCUUCCGACUCCGGCGAAAAGGCCCUCUCCAUCUCCAUCCUCCUCUCUCUCACCGUCUUCUUCCUGCUGCUGGCCGAGAUCAUCCCGCCUGCGUCACUAGUGGUACCGCUGCUCGGCAAGUACCUACUGUUCACCAUGGUCCUGGUCACCCUGUCCAUAUGCGUCACCGUCGUAGUGCUCAACGUGCACUUUCGCACGUCAUCCACGCACAGAAUGGCACCCUGGGUCAAGAGGGUGUUCCUCCAGCUACUCCCGCGACUGCUCCGCAUGCCCCGGCCCGAGCAGGAAGACCCUCUCUUCAAGCUCGUGGUACCCAGUUGCAACGGCGCCGAAGCGACGCGAGACCCGCACGCAGCCGCCUCGACGAGCGCGUCACAGGACCCGGGCUUUGAAGACGGCGUCUAUCAGCGGGAAGAGGACCCUAUCGUCUGCAAGGUGCACGGUAUUCGCAGAACUGCCAGCGAAACGUUCGCGGAAUACGCGACGGAGCCGUCUUCCGUGGGGCACCGCCAUCCAUCGCCACCGUCACCCUUGGUUGGCGGUGCACCAGCCAUGAGGCUCCACUUCUGCCCUGAGCUGCAGCGGGCGCUCGAGUCCGUGCACUUCAUAGCCGACCAUACGCGUCGAUAUGAGGAUCACAUCGAGGUAAAGGAAGACUGGAAGUACGUCGCCAUGGUGCUGGACCGGCUGUUCUUGUGGAUCUUCACGGCAGCCGUGAUUGUCGGCACAUGCGCUAUCAUUUUGGAUGCGCCCACCCUCUACGACACCCGCGAGCCCAUCGAUGUCCGACUGUCCGAGAUCCUUAGUGUGGUCUAUAAGGGACAUCAGUCCUAGUUAGUAUGGCCCUUUCGAGGAUAGCAGCAGCAGCAGCAGAACUCAACAUGAACUGUGUGCUGCAAACCAUGACUGUUCGUACAUUUUAUUUUUUCUUUGAAGUGUUGGUGAUAGGUUAUGCAUUCAGCCCAGUAUACUGAAGAUGUCUUCAGUCUUCUGUAGUUGCCGCGAAUCCCACAACAGUGUGGAACGCCUGUGAAGGCACCUCGUUGUAAGCCACGUGGGAACAACUCAAUGACUGCCUUGGUACAAUGGACCAACGCGGGGCGAGAGAAUGGAGCAUACCUCAUUGCCGAGGCACUGAAGCGUCGAAGGCACGAGGGUGUCGCGGCUUUCUUGUUCUGAUCCUCUGCACAGAAAUUUCUGCGUGAACGAAGCGAAAGGUUAUAAACAUAAGAAGACCACACAUACGUUCAGUUAUGACACGCAUGGUUACGCGCAAGGUUACAUUACCUCACAGGAAUUCAGUUUUCAGUGCGUAGCACAUUCUUUGACUUAUUCCGGGUAAAUCGCGGUAGGUAGCUUUAGGUCUCACAUCGUUUAGGGCACUUCCAAUAAAGAAAACUUAUACAGGGCUUACGCCCUGUGAAAAAUUUAUACAAUUCAAAGCAUUUGGCCGGUAGCUGGCUAUACACCAGUUUGAGGUUCUGCAAAGCAUUAUCAGAUGGAGUGAAGUGUUUGCGUAAGGCUUCGUGACAGCAUCAUGCAUGCGAUGACAGGAGCUAGACGAUGAUGAUAGUAUCAGGCACCAGG